UUUUUUGGUAUAGUACUUACCAUACCUCAUCAUAAAUCAUAGAUCCUUCAUCCAGCACGCGAAAUCCAAUAGCUUUCCCAAAAUGGUUCUCCUUUUUCAUGGCAAAUAUGACCGACUGGCUUGGCAAGAAUCCAUGGAUAAAUACUUUCAAUUAUCCACGGAAGACAUUCUCAACUGUGAUAUCUUAUAAUUUUAGAAUUUUAUUCGAGCAUGAAGGCGUCCGUAAGGUCCGAGCUGCUGUUCUAUCGCGAGCAGACAAUAGCAAACCUUCGCUUCCUGUUCGGAGAAGAGGUUGAUGUCUUGACGUGCACUGAGCAUGAUGACUAUAACGCCAUAGCAUGUAGGGUCAAACCCAAUGGAGAGCGAGUUCCAGUGUUACAAGCAUCGAGCUUGUCCGCGCCGAAGGCGCUGGAAAAGUUACACGAUAUGUCGAUAAGACGUGUUGGGGCAUAUCUUACAGAACAUAAGCAAAUGAGAUGUGAAGGGGAAUACCAAGCAUUGCAAAAAUAUGAUCACUUUGAGUCUGUCCAAGCAGCAAACCGGAGCAAUCUCAUGCCUGAGUCAAAUUGUACUCACACCGCCUCUGAGGAGUCACAAAAUCGCUUGAGCCAGAUUUCAGUACGAUGCGACACAGAACCAAAAGGCUACUCGGUACUUGUAGCUGUUCAAUACCCUUUUAAAUACCCUUUGGGAGAGCUUAGAUAUCUUAGCUAUCCUAACAAAGUUUCUGUACUCGACGCUGCCGCCCGGAUGCUGAGGAAUCGUGGGAUAUCUACCGAUGCUUAUCCUAUCACAAGUUUAUCUAUCAGGAAAGAGGACUGUGAUUAUGACAUUCUUGGUUACGGAGACCAUCAUUUGGGAGACUUGCUCGAUGAUGUCCGAAAGAUGGAAAAGGUUCCUACCUUCAAGUGCAUUUAUUCUGAAAAACCAUUGUAUUAGGAAUCCUAAUGAUGUUCUUUUGUUUUUUAUGCCCUAUCAGUGAUUUAUGUGUUAACUAAAACUUGAGCCUAGAAUAUCUUUUCCUCUAUUUUCUUCUGCUUUCCCCUUUUCGAAAGCUCUGAUUAGGAACAGUCGAGUAUAGCAUACAUAGCAUGUGUACUA